UACAAAGGCGGUACUUAAGUCGUUGGCGCGCUGCUCGCAAAUAAGCUGUGUAUUGUAGACUUGUGUUAUUGAAAGUUCUGUGGCGGUUCUGGUCGAUACUGUGAACAUGAGCUCAAUCAGAAGAAUCAAGCAUGCAGAGAAUCCCUCUGAAAACAUUAAGAAAUUCCUUGUCAUGCCAAGUUCUGGAAGUGGAUCAGAGAGGAGGACGCUUCAGGUCCUUCAACCAUCUGCUGUAAAUAAGAACCUGGGGCGGAUUGUUGAGAAUGGCAAAUCUGUUCCUAAAAGGAAGAUGUGGAACGCUGAGCAGGUGAAAGGCUCGAAAAGGGUCAAAGCAGAAGUUGCAAUAAAAACCACAAGUCAAGAAAAUGAAAACCAGCCUGAGGGGGUUAGUCAAGAGGCGUAUGAGCUCAUGAUCAAAGAAACUCCUGGAUCUUCUUAUUGGAAGGAGGUAGCAGAAGAAAGGCGCAAAGCGUUGUUCAAUGUUCUCCAGGAGAACGAAAAGUUGCACAAAGACAUUGAAGCCAAAGACGAACAGAUUGCUCAGCUGAAGAGUGAGAACGAGGAAUUACAGGAGCUGGCACAGCAUGUGCAACACAUGGCUGACAUGAUUGAAAGAUUAACUGGCAAGAGUCCAGACAAUCUGGAGGAGCUGCGAGGGAUCGCUUUUGAUGCAGAAGAAGAGUGUGAGGAACAUGAUGAUGAUGAUGAUGAUGAUGAUGAUCAAGAGGAAGACACUGAGGAGGAAGAUGAAGACCAUGAUGGAGAUACCAGCAGGGAAGACGUCGAACUGGAGACACAACUAAAUUGCGACGUGCAUCACAAGGACGAUUCCACAACAGAAGAAAGUUGAAAUGCUACCUCUCAGUAACAUUAGAAAAGAACUGUGAUUGGACCACUGGUUUGGUCGUCUUUUUUUUUUUUAGCUAUUAGUUUCUUUUCAGAACCGAUAUGCACCUUGUUUAAACUAUUUUCCUUGCUGUAAAUGGAGCUUUUAUAUUUAAUACCUUUAGUUUUCGUGCAUGUUUGCCACCAGUGUACAUAUGUAAACUUGUGCAUACAGAAAUAAACAUCUUGUUUUUGUA